UAAUUUUUUUAGGUAAAAACUCACCUCAAAAACCUCUCAGGAUGGACAUUGAUGAGUUCAUGCGGAUCGACAAGCCCAUCGAACGUCGUGUCGUCAAAGGAAUGAACCUGAAUGCCUAUCGGAAAUCCGAAUCAGAGUCUGAACCGGCGUUAAAACGAGAGAAAAUUGGCAAUAGUUUCGCUCAAGAUCUCAAAAAUGAGCAAGAUCGUGCUCUGGAAAAGCGUUUUCGGGUGAAACGUGAGCCCCAAAGAGCUUCCACGAUGGAUGACAUCGACGACGAUGGAGCUUCAACGUCGGCUGGAAGCAAAAUCGGCGGGCAAAAGGAAAUUUAUAGACGUUACAAGUUCAAUAACGACCCUUUUAACGCAAAUUUGCCCAUUUUUCGCUUCAAAAAGGUCAUUCAACGACGAAUUCGAGAGACGCCCGUCGUGAUAAUCAAAGGAGAAACGGGUUGCGGCAAAAGUACGCAAGUUCCGCAAUUUAUUUUGGACGAUUGUUACUCCCGGAACGAAUAUUGCAACGUUAUUGUGACACAACCGCGUCGAUUAGCUGCUGUUUCACUCGCGGAACAAGUCUCGCGUGAAAGAAAAUGUGAACUUGGCACGCUGGUUGGACAUCAUAUCGGCUUGGAUCGACGUACGAGUGACGACACGCGACUCGUUUACUGCACAACGGGCGUUUUGUUGCAAAAACUCGUCAAAACGAAGCACAUGGGCAUGUACACGCACAUAAUUCUCGACGAAAUCCACGAACGAGAUGAAGAAAUGGAAUUUUUGCUCAUCAUGAUCAAGCGUUUUAUGAUCUUUGAUCCGUUUUCGACGAAAAUUAUUCUCAUGUCGGCGACAAUUGACACGGAAGAGUUUGCGGAAUAUUUUAAAUUGCCGCUGCCAGGUAAUGCGGGACGUUGGAUGCAAGCGCCGUCGAUCGAUUUGGAGCAAGAAAGGCAAUUUAGUGUGAAGCAGUAUUAUUUGGAGGAUGUUGCUGCGUUGCAAAGAGGGGUUAAAGUUGAUUAUGAAAAUCCGGGCAUUGAUGAGAGCAUGUAUCAGUUGGCUGUGAAGGUGAUAGAAACAUUAUCAACGGGAGAUUCGAGUAGAAAUGGGGGAUGUAUUUUGGUAUUUUUGCCGGGAAUUCAUGAAAUUACGAAUUUGCAAAAGUUGCUGAGUGCGGAAAAGGAACGCUUGAAACGCUCUAAUCGACGCAUCAUGGAUUGGAAUAUCAUCCCCUUGCACUCCACAGUCCCUUCCGAAACCCAACGCAGUGUCUUUCUCCGUUCCGCCAACAACACAAUGAAAGUAAUUUUAGCCACAAAUAUCGCUGAGAGCAGUAUCACCGUACCUGACGUCAAAUACGUCAUCGACUUUUGUCUCGCCCGCUUGUUAGAAGUCGAUCCAGACACGGGAUUCGCUCGUUUACGCUUAAAAUGGGCUGCCCGAAGUAGUUGCAAGCAACGCGCCGGGCGAACAGGACGAACAAGUGACGGCGAAUGCUUCCGAUUAGUCUCUCGUGAUUUCUUUCAAGGAGAAAUGCGCGAAAAUGAGGUCCCAGCAAUGCUCAGAUGCUCGUUGGAGGCAAUUGUGCUGAAGGCGAAGAUGUUGGAUGAGAACGAGGCACCUGCGAAAAUCAUUGGAUUAGCAAUAAAUCCGCCAGAUUUGUCAGAUAUUCAAUAUGCCGUGUUAAAUUUGAAGGAAGCACGUGGAUUGCACUUUGGCGUUGGUUCGAGAAAGUACGUGAAAGACGAUGGGGACAUGACUUUCGUUGGAAAAAUAAUGGAUGCACUGCCAAUUGACUUCAGAGCGAGCAAAUUGAUCGUUUUGGGAUACAUUUUUAAUGUUUUGGAGGAAUGUAUUAUAAUUGCAGCGGGAAUUACCGUUCAAAAAGUCUUCUCGAUGAACUUUAAUGACACAAUGAAGACUUACAGCAAGAAAUUAUUGUUCGCCGAUGGGAGUGGGAGUGACUUGAUUGCCAUUUUAAAUGCUUAUCAGUAUUACGUUCGAAAAAUCUACGACAACCACUACCAUCUCGAUGAAUCUCGUACCCAAGCACUCGAACGAGCAUCUCUCGAUCCCCGAGGACUUCAUGAAAUGUACAACCUCGUCAACGAGAUCAAAACUCGUCUCGAACCCUUCAAUUUGACACCCUCUGAGGGCGUAAAUCGCAUCCAUUUGUCACCGCGCGACAAAAAUACCAUCCUAAAAGUCUGCAUUUCGGGCGCCUUUUAUCCAAAUUACUUCUUACGAGCUUCCAGCAUCACUCGCGAGGACAUCGAACGCGACAUGGCGCACGAACUCAACGGAAGAGAUCCUUGCAACACAAUUUUAUACCGCGGCAUCGGCUACGAAGACAUGGGAAUUCUGUAUCAAAACCAAGUUAAGGCUUAUUUACGUGAUCGGGGAGUCAUCGCAUCGCCCGACGACGUAAAAAUCACCUUCGACAAAGGAACGCAAAAGAUGUUUGUCACAUUUUUAGGCAAACAGCAGUUAAUCGAUGCCGGCGCGAACGAAAAUAAACCGAUAAGUGACUGGGUUCCGGGUCGGGUGUGCACUCAAGUGUACAAAGCGAUAAAACUCGCGCGUGAAAAAGAUUUUUUAAAACUUCGAGUGAUGGAUAAGGACAACAUGAUACGUUAUGCGGAGAGUAUUGGCGCCGGAAACUACGAAUAUGGCGUCUUUAACCCGAAAAAUGUCAAUAUCAAGCACGAAGAUUUGUGUUGUUUGCCCGAUAAAUUCACAAAAUCCAUCAUUGGGCGCGUUUCCAGCAUCGAAACUCCCAAUAAAUUCUGGAUUAAACCGACAGACUCGAAAAAUGAGUUCAUCGUGACCGCCAUUCGACGUGCUUUGAACAACCAACCGUUGGAAAGAGUCACCGAACUAACGGAUUUAAAGGGAAAAUUGGUUGCUGUGCAUGUGAGAAACGAAGAAGCUCGUGCCAAAAAUUACGGAAGGAUGUUUCAUCGUGCCCGAAUCAUCUCGACAGUGUUAAUUAAUGGAAUGCACAAGUACCAAGUGCUCUUAAUUGACGAAGGGGAAGAAGCUUUGGUCGAAUCCGAUCGAAUUUGUCGUCUCGAAGCUCUAUGGGUGCGUGGAAAACAACUCGGAUUGCGAGAUGACAACAAAAUUUACGUCGCCGACAUCCCUCCACGUGUCUAUGAAGCGAGUUUAGCUGAAAUUCGUCCUUCUUACGUCACAUCAGCGGCGGGAAAAUGGACUCCUGAUGCCGUUGACAAGUUUAAACAGCUGAUGUCGCAACAAGAUGAGUUCGAAAUUGAAGUUUAUUCGACCUGGAAUGGCGUUGCGAACGUUAUUGUCUAUGACAAAUACAAAAAUUCCAUCAACAAAGUGCUUGUUAGGGAGCAACUCGCUCAAACAUGUGAAGAAAGUUACCCCUCGAAGCAAGAUCAUGCAGUUAGGUUCCAUGCCCAGCACUUUGUUCAUCGCGAAAAUGAUGAAAGUCCCGUUACUUUGGAGAUUUUGGACUAUUUGAGGGACUUUUACGCCACAAAUUACAAACCGCCGCCCGAAUAUUUGUGCACAAAGGUGAUUCAACUACGAGGACCAACAUCCCCCUUGGAGACACAAGUUUAUGCAACUUUCCGAUCGGGUCAAAGCAAGUCCAUGACAGUUGAUCGCUUGAGUGUUAACAGCAUUUUACUUGAUACGGACCCUCAAGACUCGACAGAUCGACUUGUUGUUGCAGCAAAUGUCGCUUCAAACGCCCAUCGCGGUGACUUAACCUUAAGAAGUACCACAAUAAUGCCGAAUAUUUCGGGGUUUUCGCAAUUUAUGACGUUACUUUUUGCGCCAAGAAUCGAAAUUCAUCGAGAUGUCACCGAAACGCGAUAUUAUUCUCUUCUCGGAGGUCUUGGAUUCAAGGAAACUCGUGAUGAAGAAACAAUUUCUUUGUUUCCGGAACAUGAUGUUGCCAUGAAAUUCGAUUGUUUCGUCGAUCAAGAUGAUAUGUUGCAAUUAAAUAAGCUCCGGUACACGAUGAGUGCUUUGUUGCACACGAAUCCGGGUGAAAAAGUGCCAGAUUUGAAGCCGCAAGAUGUGGUUGAGUUGCAAAAAGAGGCAUUUUCGAUACUGAUCAAGUUUUUGAGGAAAGAGAGGAAAUUUAUUGAUCAACGGAUGCAAGAAGUGGCAGAUUUUAAAUGGGGUGCCGUGGAUGAAGAUGAGUUGCAAUUUGUGGAAGGGGCGCAAGUUUAUGGAGAUAGAGCAGUUUUUCCGAGUUUUACGUUUAUGCUGUUGCAAAAUGAGACACAGGAGGAAAUUGAGAGGUACAGGGAGAAUAAUGAACAGUUGCAUCAAAUUGCUUUUAGUUCCGGAACAAUGUCUGACCAAAUCGAAUGCUUAUUAUGUUCAAAAACGCUGCAAACUCGCCCUCAAGUUCAAACGCAUCUCUUCACUAAACUACACAAGGACCGUGCCGAGCAAUGUCACGCUCGCUUCGUCGUCCAGAAUUAUCAAGCAAAAAACUGAGAUAAUUUUUUC